AUGUCAGACAAUUUCCUUGCCGGGAGCACCACCGGCUCGGUCCCAGCCAAUCCAGGCCCCAUCCGAGGCCGAUUUCACAUCGACCUUCGGAAAUCUCCUGCCACCAGCAAGCUACCUACAGACGCCACAGGGAAAAGCCGCCUACUACGAACUACCACCCACAUCUCCGCCACCAGGAACACCCCGGUGGCCCGGGUCUUCCUCGUGCAUGGCGUCCAGACCCCCGCUCUCGGACUGCAGCCUCUAGUUACGGCGCUAAAGUCCCGAUUCGCCUCUACACACUUCGUCCUCGUGGACCUGUGGGGUCAUGGGCUUACAGAUACACCUGUUGCAGCACAUGAAUCGGCGCUCUUCCACGCCUUGAUCGAAGCGGUUAUGGCGCGCCUAGGGUGGGACAAUGCGCAUUUCAUCGGGUACUCUUUUGGUGGGGCGACGGUGACUUCGUUCGCCGCGAAGUAUCCUGCCCGUGUUUCCUCGCUCGUGCUCAUCGCGCCUGCGGGUCUAAUUAAGUCUGCCUCUUUUGACGAGACGCAGCGGGGCUACUUGGCAGGAGGGGAGGGAUUAGAAGAGCGAGCUUCUGCAUGGAUCUUUGAGUACUUGGAGGGGGGCAAGUUAGUCGUGCCGUCUGAUUGGAGGGAGAGAGUUGCGCAGGGCGAAGUUGUGGCGGAGGCUGUGAGAGAGUGGGAGCUGAGGGAGCAUGCGGGCCACAGGGCGAGUGUUGUGGGGAUCUUUCGAGAUGGCGGGGUGCUGGAUCAGCAUGCUGCGUUUGCGGAAGUGGCGAAGAAGGAUAUCCGGUGCCUCUCUAUCCUGGGUGAAUUAGAUACUGUGUGUAGUGAGCAGGAUUUACGCGGGGUUGGAAUGGAGGAUAUUGCCAUUGUGCCACGGGUUGGGCAUGCGGUUGCGAGGCAGCGAGUGCCGGAGGUCGCUCAGCUGAUUGAGAGCUUCUGGAAUAAGCUUUGA